AUCGACUUAACACAUGCUAAUGUUAUGGUUUGAUGUUUAAAUUGGAAAACCUGUUGCUAAAAGUUAAAGCUAGUCUAAUUAGAAAUAGGCUAUGUGGAGUUAUUACUGGAACAGCUCUCUUUGUGGCACCUCAACAAUAUCAAUUAAGCUCCAGUAUGGUCACAGUAUCUCAAUAAGUGAUCACAUGUAUUUAUGCCCCACUUAAUAUAUCAGCAGGAAACAAGGAGCUGGUAAUUAGUCUCCUCCUCCCCAUCUUAACUGGAGAAUAAUGAAAGCAAUUUUAAUAAGAUUGUUUCAGGCAUAAAUAUUUUUUCAUGUUACAGUAUGGUGACAUAUUCCCACAGCUGUUACAAGAAAGACACAUUGCAUUUUAGUCCAACCUCUUAACAGCGCCCUCUUUGUCAAAGUGUGUUACUGUCACAUACUUCUUAAUAUAUAACACUUGUUCUGUUCAGAGAUGAGUAGGGUCCCAACCCCAGUUUUAUGGAUUAUUGAUCUGAAAAGGGAAAUUAAAGCAUUAGUCCACAAAUCUGGACCUUGACCUCUUCUUUACAAUUCAAUUAUCAGCCGUACAGUACGUGGCUUCAUCUGGACACAUCACAAAAGGAGACCUAUUUCUUCAGCAACUCAUGCUACACCUGAAAUUAACAUGGUGAUGGGUUCAAAUGCGUGACAUCUAAGGGCUAAAGAUAACAUAUAAAUUCUGAGGUGGGAAUAAAAUUAUGAAAAGAAUGCGAUGAACGUGACAAAGAAAAAAAAAAUGCAACACAGCGUUCGUGUUUGCAUGGUAACCGAAGAGAGUAAAGCUUUAAGCCAUGAUGAUGAUGGUAAUCAGGAUAAUAGGGACUGAGAACAUAUUAGAACUCCGCGUGGCGGCGGUGGGAGUGUCCGCGAGCAGGAUAGAGCCGCUCCACUCCCUGCCUCCUCGCGCUCAGAUGCUUUCAUUCUCACACGAGGACGCACACUAGGCACGACGGUGAAGCGUCCGUCGUUUCACCACUCUCAAAUCCGUUUGUUCGGCUGGUGUUUGCGGUCAUAUUUCCUCGCGCGGUGAUGUCUGUCGCUCGAGCCGUUUUGGUGCUUCUCUGCGUGCUGUUGACCGUGGCACGUGCACGCAGGAGUUCCCCAGAGCCGGAGGAUGUCCAGGAGAAAGUCAACAGCGCAAGAUGCACGUCCAGGUGUCUGAGUCUGCACAUGACCCAGCUGACGGCAGCCUUCAGGCACAUUCAGAAUAACCAGGUUCUGGCUUGGUGUGAAAUCCACAGACGCUGUGCUGAGACUUUCUCACCUGAGAGACAGAUCGGUGGAGCCCCUCCAGAGUUACCAUGAGCUGCU